AUGGAACGAAAAAUAAACUUUGCCUUUUUCUUCACAUUUACUUUCUUUUUUUUCGCAUUCUUAACAUUAACAUCGAGUCAAUCCCCCGGCCCAUGUUAUUCACACUGUCUCGCCACAUACAAAAACACACUUUAUCUAUUUGGUGGAACAACUACAACAACCACAAAUGACUUCUUUUUCUCUGCAAGUUUACCAUUUGAAAACAUAAGUACAAUAUCCUGGCGAAAAGAAACCGUCAUCAACGCCACAAAUUUGAAUGACGCAGCAUGUGUAGUUGAGCCAACAUUAGGUUUACUAUUAGUAAUUGGAGGUGGAAAGCCUACUAACGCUAAUAAUACAAAUACUGAGAACCCAGGAUUACAAGUGUACAAUUUCAAUAAAAAUACGUGGAAUGACCCGAGAUAUUUGCAAAAUAUUCCUUCCGAGUUCUCAUAUCAUCUUUCUUCAUCUUAUCUUUAUCGUCCGCGAGCUGCAUUGAUUGCCCCAAACACUGUGCUUUUUUGGGCUGGAACAUUUAAUAAUGUUCAAAAUUCUUCUACGGCGAUUUAUCAGAUUGAUUUACAUAAUACUAUAUGGAACUGGACCUCCAUUUCUCAUGACACUAAAAUGAGAUCAACCAAUGGUGCAGGAAUCGCCAUUUCCAAAGGAAAUGCAUUUAUAUUUGGCGGGAUAAAUCAAGUCGUUAAGGAAAAUUGGCCACCCACUAAUUACACGUACAUUUAUAGUCCUAACCAUGGGCUUUUAACACCACCUUAUCAAUUUCCCUUGAGUAUUUCGGAUGGUGUAGUUGGUAUCUUGAAUAGUAAAUUGAAGGUUCUCGUAAUGAAUAAUGGCGAAGAACUAGCAAAUCAACGAAUGAUUAUGGUGCCGAUCGAUUUGGAAACUAUGAAAAUUGGAGAAUAUCGAUAUGUGUCAAAUCAGCCGUAUAUGAGAGAUCGUGCUGCUGCUGUUCAGUUUCCUGGAUCGGACACAAUUUUGAUAUAUGGAGGAUUUCCAGCCUGGCCAAAUACACAACCGCUCGGUUCAAUGCUAGCCUAUAACAUGACAACUGAUUCCUGGACAAACAAAGUAAACAUCGUGACAAAAAUUCCCAUUGAUCAAUACACAAUACCAAACGUAAAUGGACAUAAUCUUGACCCGUUAAUUAACAAUGGCAAUGACAGUCCAGCAUAUGGGUAUAGCAAUACCACUAACGCGACUCAAAGUGAAAAUAAUAGAUCAUCACCGCUUUCUUCUGGCGCGUUGAUUGGAAUUGUGAGCGCAUUAAUUGCUGUAACAGUUACAAUUGUGGGAGUUUGGCAGAUAAACAGAAUGAAAAAACAAAAUGCGAUCCACUUGGAAACUACUAUUGCAUCGUUGUAUCCGCAAGGUUCUUCAUCGUUGGCGUCAAGAAAAAUAAUAGACAAUCAGGUUAGAAAGCCGCCUAAAGAUCACCAGGUGCAAAUAAAGAUUGUGCAUGCUGAUCGAGUAGAUAAUGAGAUUGUAGAAUUGAGUACGUUAAAUGAAGGAGUAUAUGUACAUGUAUAA